AUACACGCGUUUAGGCUCUCUCGCAAGAGUCUCACGAAACAUACGAUCCCCAACCUCGAGAGACUCUUCGACUCUUUUGCCCGCAGACGGAAGCGUCCGACUUACCUGUCAGCUCGUGCCCCAUUGACUCUUCGACGAAAAUCAACGCCACACUGUUCACGAAUAAGCUAUCAGGAACACCACAAUUCGCCGAAAAGGCUGUAAAAAGCCGACGAGACAACAGUUUCCCUGAGAAUUCAGGGUUCGCGGACAUUAUGGUCAGCAGCAAAGAAAACUCGGUCGCUUCGUCGAUAUUCACUGUUCAGGAUAUCAACGGAGCGAAGGAAGUGGAAAAUCCAACGGACUUUGAAACAGCCAUCAAACUUUGCGGUUAUGGGAGGUUCCAUUACGGCUUUGUUUUUCUCUGUGGCAUGAUGUUUUUGUGCGUUGGUUGUCAAAAUGGCGUAAACGCUUACAUUCUACCGUCCGCCGAGUGCGACUUGAGGCUGUCAUCGGAGGAAAAAGGACUGUUGAACGUGGCUUUUCUCGUGGGCGGUGUAAUUAGCUCGGUAUUUUGGGGCGUUAUCGCCGACGCUUAUGGACGCAAAAAUAUUCUCGUUGGCACUUUGCUCGUCGAUGGACUGCUCACGCUCUUUGCGAGCUGUGCGCAGAAUUUCCAAGCUCUUCUCAUCUUCCGAGCUAUCAGUGGAUUCACGAUCGGUGCGCCAGGAUCGUUGGUUUACACUUACCUGGGAGAAUUUCACGCGGCAAAGCACCGAGUCAAAAGCAUUUGUUACGUUGGAUUUUUUUGGACGCUUUCGUGGCUCAUCCUGCCAGGACUCGCUUGGAUGAUAAUACCUUUGAGGAUAAAAUGGCAGUACGAAGGUUUCCUUUACAAUUCUUGGCGCUUGUAUUUCGCCGUUAUCGGACUACCGACUCUCGUCGUCGCUUUCGUUCUCAUGAAAUACCCUGAGAGCCCGAAAUUUUUACUCUCCCGAGGAAAAAGCAACGAAGCUCUCGACAUUCUUCGCUAUAUUUACGCCAGCAAUGCUCAACGCGACCAGAGCGUAUAUCCGGUUAAAUAUUUGUGUGCCUUGAACGAGAGCAAAGGACAGGAAAAGAAGAGCAAAGACAUCGACGUGAAAAAAAAUCGUUUCGGUGAUUCGUGCAGUGAUCGGCAUCGCGUCGGUGGAUUCGAAAAUAAUGGCAACAAACCAAGCCUCUUGUUGGAAUUACUCAGAAACGUUUAUCAGCAAAUUCGAGCUCUGGGGUCGCCGCCCUAUUUCAAAUGGGCGCUUCUAUGUUGGACCAUUUAUUUCAUGAACAUGUUUGGGUAUUACGGUUUGGGCCUCUGGUUCCCGGAACUUUUCAACCGGUUCGAAAGUUAUUACAAAAUCCACCCUAACGCAUCGGUGAGCGUUUGCGAGCUCGUAACGCGCCUAAACGAGAACGCUGAUAUUUGGGACAACUCGAGCAUCUCAGAAACGCUCGAUUGCGAUCGCAUAAGCAUCGAUCAGCGAGUUUUUAUCAACACUUUGACCAUCAACGGUGUUUGCCUUCUGGGCAACGUGGCUUCCGGCUACCUCGCUGAUCGCGUUGGACGACGCACGAUUCCAGUGACGACGAUGCUGGUUUCCGGAUUGGCGGGUUUCGCCAUUUACUUCGUUAAAUCUUCCUUCCAAAAUCUGAUCGUCGCUUGUGUAUAUUCACUCGCGAUAACAACGGCUAAUUUCGUCAUCGGAGGGGUCGUCGUCGACAUUUUCCCGACUCACAUUGGCGCCGUGGCGAUUUGCAUGAUGACCUUCUUCGGGAGAGUCGGUGCAAUCGCGAGCAAUCUCGCGUUCGGUAUGCUCCUCGACAUUAGCUGCGAAGUUCCUAUUUUUCUCGUCGGAGGAAUCGUCCUUCUCGGAGGUCUAUUGGCGCUGCUUUUACCACCGGCGAAGAGAUGAACGCCACGACAAAACGCGUAACAUAUCCAAAGAGAGGACGAAAGCGGAUCGUGAAUUGUACGGUUUCGGGGCAUUUGAAUUUUAUUUUUCGAAGUUUCGGACGUAAAAACAAAUGUACAGGGUGCGAAAUACUCCUGAUUUAUUUUUUGGUAUUAUACAAAAUGAUUGGAACGAAAUUUCGUUCAAAAUACUUUGACCCGAGUAGCGUCGAGGAUCAGUCAAAAUGAUGUAAACGCACGUUUCGCUCUCAUGAAUUAUUUAUAUGGAAACUUUGAUCCGAGGCUCCUGAACUUUAUUUUUUAUAACGUAAGCUCCACAAUUGUAAAAUACUCGAAUCUUUUCUCCGACAGAAAACCUUACUCGUGCGCCAUAAUGAUGUUCAACUGCACAAGAUUCUCAUCGAAACGAUUUUAUCAUGGAUUUGCAUUCGAGGAACAUUCAGUGAUAAUAAAACGAACGAGUGUCGUAGAUAAAAUCAAUAUUUAAGCUUUUUACUGAAAAGGAAUCGAAAGCCUACCCACAAAAUCGUUGCAGGAGUCUCCGGUCAAGAAAAAGUUUUACAAAAAUCAUUAAUUUCCAUCAUUCCACGUUCGAGGUCAUAAAUUGUCGAGAUCCGAUGGACGAAUGAAUUUAACUGAACAAAAUCGAAGUAAAUAGACAAAAGUAUUAUCCAAA